AUGGCCGGCACUGCCCAAGUCAAGCUCACAACAUCGCAGCCUCACUCACCAACCCUGCUGGAGGCCAUCGUGGGCCUGUCUAAGCCAGUCAUCCUCGCAUUCUACAUCUUCCUCUAUGGCCUGCCCAUCUCCAUCGUGCAGCAGCUCGCUACACUCAGUCCCUCCAAGUUGCUCAGCCCAUGGGCAUGGAGAGAUGCUAUCUGGGGCAAUGGGUCUCCAGCUAUAUUGAAAGAGGGAGACAAGAUGAUGUAUGACGCAAAAAAGGAGUUUGUCAGUCUUGCCUAUGGCACAGUCCUCGAGGUAGGCGCCGGAAGUGGAGAGACGAUCAAAUACUACGACGAAGACAAGAUCGAGAAGCUCUUCGCCUUGGAACCUUUCCUACCCCUCGUCAAGGUCCUCAAGAAGACCAUCACAGCUCGCGGUCCCUCUUUCCAGCGCAAGACCACUGUCAUCCCUCUGGGCAUUCAAGAGAAGAGUCUUCUGCGGUCUGAAUACGGCAUCGCAAAGGAGUCGGUCGACAGUCUCAUCCUGGUACAAUGCCUGUGUUCCAUGCCUCAGCCAAAGAAGCACCUCAAGUACUGCGUGGAGUUGUUGAAACCCGGUGGGACGUUGGUUCUGAUCGAGCACGUCACUUCACCGCACCCUACCACUCGGUUACUGCAAGACCUCAUCACGCCUCUGUGGAGCUUUGCGGCGAAUGGUUGUGAGCUCAACAGAGAUACGCUAGCUUCAAUGGAGUCCCUCAAUUGCUGGGAAGAUGUCGUUGUCAAGAGGCCCACUGUUCAGACGACGGCCGACCUCAUCCCACAUAUCUUUGUCAAGGCGACAAAGAAGAGGUAG